AUGAGACUUAGUUCAGAAUUGGAUUCAUGUGUGAUUGAUUUACAGAACCAAGUACAAAUUAAUAAGCAAGAUAAACAUAAACGACUGUCUGUUAAACGUGUGGCAAACGCAAAAAGAGAAGAUUAUCUUCAACAAGAACGAUUCUGUUUACCACAACAACUAGGCGAUAUAUUAUUUAAUGAUAAAUAUGUCCUCGGCUUCGUUCGGCAAUGGAGAAACAAAAGUGAUGAUCCGCGAUGUGACGGUGACAUUUUUGAUAUUGUGAAAAAAGCGGAUGAAGAUAUAAUGGUUGAAGGCAAAAACCUCAGAAAGUUACGCAAUGCUGAAUGGUUAGCAACCAAGUUAAGAGCAAAUGGUCGCCCAAGCUUUGAAUAUCGUGCAAAAGCUCAACUUUUACGGGAAGAAUGA